AUGGAGUCCAACAGCAACCAGGACACCAAGUUGGAAUCUAGUGAACAGGAUUAUACUAGACCCAAAUCUGCGGAUGGAUGUACUGACUGGUCAGUGGAUUACAAGAAGUAUCAAGUCUUAGUGGGAGAACCUGUUCGUAUAAAGUGUGCAUUGUUUUAUGGAUAUAUAAGAGCAAAUUACACCCUAGCACAAAGUGCUGGACUCAGUUUAAUGUGGUACAAAAGCUCUGGACCUGGAGAUUUUGAGGAGCCUAUAGCUUUUGAUGGAACUAGAAUGAGCAAAGAGGAAGAUGCCAUUUGGUUUCGUCCAACAGUGCCCCAAGACAGUGGGCUUUAUGCAUGUGUCAUAAGAAACUCUACUUACUGUAUGAAAGUAUCCAUUUCGCUGACAGUGGGUGAAAAUGACACUGGCCUCUGCUACAAUUCAAAGAUGAAAUACUUUGAAAAAGCUGAACUUAGCAAAAGCAAGGAAAUCUCAUGCCCUGACAUACAGGAUUUCUUAAUACCAUAUAGAGAGCCUGAAAUCCUGUGGUAUAAGGAAUGCCAAGUCACAACCUGGAGGCCAAGCAUCAUAUUCAAGAAGGAUGUUCUUGUUAUCCAGGAGGUCAGAGAAGAUGACAUUGGAAAUUACACAUGUGAAUUAAAAUAUGGAAUGUUUUUUGUCAGAAGAACUACAGAAUUAACAGUUACAGCACCACUAACAGAAAAACCACCAAAGCUUUUAUAUCCUUCAGAGAGUAAACUGACAGUUCAGGAGACACAGCUGGGCCAUUCUGCUAAUCUAACCUGCCGAGCGUUCUUUGGAUACAGUGGAGAAGUCAGCCCUUUAAUGUACUGGAUGAAAGGCGAAAAGUUUAUUGAGGAUUUGGAUGAAAGUCGGGUUUGGGAAAGUGAUAUUAGAGUUCUUAAGGAACAUCUCGGGGAACAGGAAGUUUCCAUCUCAUUAAUUCUUGAUUCAGUGGAAGAAGGAGACCUCGGAAAUUACUCGUGUUAUGUUGAAAAUGGAUAUGGCCGCAGACUUGCUACCGUUAUUCUACUUAAAAGGGAGCUGAUGUAUACAGUUGAGCUUGCUGGCGGGCUUGGUGCUAUUCUGCUGCUACUUGUUUGUUUAGUGACUAUCUACAAGUGCUACAAGAUUGAGAUUAUGCUAUUCUACAGGAAUCAUUUUGGUGCUGAAGAACUAGAUGGAGAUAACAAAGAUUAUGAUGCAUACCUGUCAUACACCAAAGUGGAUCCUGACCAGUGGAAUCAAGAAACGGGGGAAGAAGAAAGAUUUGCUCUUGAGAUCCUACCAGAUAUGCUUGAAAAGCAUUAUGGGUACAAAUUGUUCAUUCCUGAUAGAGAUUUGAUUCCAACUGGAACAUACAUAGAAGACGUGGCAAGAUGUGUAGACCAAAGCAAGCGACUGAUCAUUGUCAUGACUCCAAACUACGUGGUAAGAAGAGGCUGGAGUAUCUUUGAACUGGAAACAAGGCUUCGGAACAUGCUAGUUACGGGGGAAAUUAAAGUGAUACUGAUUGAGUGCAGUGAACUUCGGGGAAUCAUGAACUACCAGGAGGUUGAGGCCCUGAAACAUACCAUCAAACUCCUAACUGUUAUUAAAUGGCACGGACCAAAAUGCAACAAGUUGAAUUCCAAAUUCUGGAAACGUUUACAGUACGAAAUGCCUUUUAAGAGGAUAGAACCCAUCACACACGAGCAGGUUUUAGAUGUCAGUGAGCAGGGCCCCUUUGGGGAACUGCAGACGGUCUCAGCAAUUUCCAUGGCUGCUGCUACCUCCACGGCUCUUGCCACGGCCCAUCCUGAUCUGCGCUCCACCUUUCAUAACACGUAUCAUUCCCAGAUGCGCCAGAAACACUAUUAUCGAAGCUAUGAAUACGACGUACCUCCUACUGGCACCCUGCCUCUUACCUCAAUAGGUAACCAGCAUACCUACUGCAACAUCCCUAUGACACUUAUUAAUGGGCAGAGGCCACAGACAAAAACUAACAGGGAGCAGAAUCCCGACGAGGCUCACACAAACAGUGCGAUACUGCCACUCCUACCACGGGAAACCAGUAUAUCAAGUGUCAUUUGGUGACAUAAAUGCAAGGGGGAACUCGCCCCCCUUGUGUAGAAGCUAAGUCUGCAGUCUGGUGCCUGGAACUACA